AUGUCCCUCGAGCGCCUCCCCGUCGAACUGAUCUGGAUGAUCGCCGAUGAAACCGACUCGAAAGCCGAUGUGCUCGCCCUGGCAAUGACCUCCAAGCGCCUGAGCUCCAUCCUAAUCCGCCGCCUCAUCAAACUCAACAUCAAGUCCCACCAUAGCAGCGGUCUCGCCUGGGCCGUCAUGCAUAACAACCUCGCCCUUGCAAAGACCUACCUCGACUCCGGGGCAAAGCAGCAAAUUAACGACGAGGUCGUAGUUUGGAAGUGCCAGCGCCGCCGCUGCCGCGAGUAUACACUCCGCGAGCAUUGUCCCAAAUGCUUCAACCGGAAGCGGCGGACACGCAAAGCCACCUGCAAAAAGCCUCUCCAGUGGGCCGUGAAGCGGGGAUGUCGGACGCUCCCUGCCUUGGUGCCUCAGGCAUCCACGCUUACCCGUUUGGGACUAGCUGCACCUAGAGCGAAAGCCUCCUAG